GUGGUUAGUAGCCGGACUCGUUUCCACUCCGCAGGUGAAGCUGAAGGUCCAAGAUGCCGCUGAGGAGCAGAAACGCCGCAUCUGGAGCCAACAAAGAGCAGCUGGGCAGAGACGUGCGGCGGAGCAGACUGGCGCUGUUCAUCCAGCAGUUCGAGAAAGAAGCUCAGCAGCGCACGAACGAGCUGGAGGCCAAAAUGGAGAACAUGCUCGCCACAGUGGACAAAGCGUUCAAAGUGGAGCUGAUGAAGAUGCCUCCUUCUCUGCAGAACACCCUCAUAGGGGAUUUAAUAAGCCAGGAUGAAACGUCAGCCAGUGACGUUUCAAUUGCCAUGAAGAAUGAAUCCCGUGAGAUGCCGCAGCCACUCAAGAGGAGACGAAGCAGAAGAUUAAAAUCAGCUGAUUCUCCACCCGUCCAGAGAUCCUCCAAAGCCUCCAAGGGAGGAAAGGGGACAAAAAGGACCAGAACAUUAGUUGGGAGUAACAGCGCCGGAAACCUCAUAGGAUCUGCAGUCGCUGGCAGCAGAACUCAAACCUGCGUGACGAAUCGCAAAACUGCUGAGCAGACCAAAGCAAGACUCAGGUCUGUCGUCUCCACUGGUGAUCUGCACUGUUCGAUGGCAGGAGCUUCCGCUCACAUCACUGUAACCACAGCACAGGGGCAGAUGUUCAGUUUUUCUGAAGAGACCAAGAAUGAAAUCAACUUGGACCUGCUGGAUGACGUGGCCUGGUGCCAGAUUCAGAAGCUUAUGAGUCUGAUGGAUUAUCUGUCUCAGCAAAGUCACUGUUCAAGAUGAGUUAAGAUUCCUGAACAUCCAGCUGGAUUCCACACGCCCUUUUACAUAGUGAAUAGCAGCUUUUAAUAACUUCUCUUUAAUUCUUAACACUGCAUCUAUGUGUUGGGUUAAGAACUACGUUUGUAUCUUGGUUUUUUUUUUUUUUUGAAAAAUAUAAUAAAGCUUAUUUGUGUAUCUGGUGGC